UCGCUCGCCCGGCGGGACCUGGGAGCCCGAGCGCACUGAGGCCUGCAGGUGGAAGGCGGGCCGCCGGGAGGGGCACGGGCUUAGCCAGGGUCACGUCGUCGGGCUCUUCUCUACACCCCUGUGCAGGCUCCCCAGCGCGCGGCCCUUUCAUUCUGCCCCGGGGAGUUCUGCCGCCGCCCCCUCCAGCCUUUCACCCCUUUGCUGGGGGGGGGGGUGUUCUCAGGCCCCUUCUCACUCCCACUCCCCGACCAGCCCUUUGCCCACUUCUCUUCCAGAUCUCCCAGGGCCCUCCAGGUGCUGACUCCCUUCUUGGGGUAAUUUCCCUGUGCUCUAGAGGAGAAAGUCCUGGGCUAGCAAUCAGAGAUCCUGGGUUCUUGCCCUGUGAUCUUGGGAAGUCCCGUUCCUUCUCUGGGCUUCCUUUUUCACCUCUGUACAGGUCAGUGCGGUGGCUCCAGGCCUCUCAGCCCUGACAUUUUGGAGUCUAUAAACCAACUCUCCUGUUGCACUUUCCUAGAGUGGAGACAUGGGGGGUGGGGUGGGGCAGGGCGUGGGGUAAGAGCUGAUUGUCCCCUGUCCCUCCGGAGCCAAGGAGAAGCUACCUCUCCUCUUUGGUCUGGAAGGCUGGAAAGCUUGCAGAAGGAGGACCUGGGGAGAGGCCCCACAUGAGGUCCCCACUCUCUCAAGAGCUGCCACUCCUUACCCUGCCUGGCAGGACAGCUGGCCAACCUCCGUGGUUUGGCCCAGAUUGCAGGAAGGGGGACAGAAACCAGCCUCUACUCAGGGUGUGUGUAAGGAACCAGAAGGAACCUUGUGGAAGGACUGGAAGGUGGACCUGGCCCCCAAGGUUGCUGGGGAUGGGGGAGGCAGUGGAGGAACUGGGGCGUUAUCAGCAAAUGGGCCUGGAAGGCUAGUGAGGGAUUAACAGUGACCCAGCAGCAGGAAAUCUGGGAGGAAAAAGGGUGGGUGGUGGGUACUCAAAGGGAAUCUCCUGAUCUAUACACACACACACACACACACACAGCAGAAAUUCUGGAAGGAAAGAGGGUGGGUGAGGUGUAGGUACUCAAAGGGAUCUACACACACACACACCCAGCCCCUUUUCUGCUAAAAAAGAGGCCCUGUCUCUGGGGGACUGGAGAGGCGGGGACAGUUAGAUAACUGGACAGCUGGAGAAGCUCAGGGCUGUAGAGGCUGGCCCAAGCCACCUCUUCCUCCUCCCCCUUAGAGAAUGCGAGCUUGAGAGGAGAGGGGGCAGACUUUGGGGAGUCAGCUAGGGACCCAGCAAAACUGCCAUAGAGAGCACGGGCCAGGGUGGGGGCGUGGGGGGAUCCAGUGGACAGUGGAGAUAGGGCUUGACUGCUGAUCUGUCCCCAAACUACUGAGUUAUCACCGACAUGGGACACAGGUGGGCCGUGGGAGUGUGGGGGGUGGUCACAGGUGGGAAGACUUUCUAGCCCGUCCUUACUGGGCAGGCACAAGCUAGGUUCUCCCAUUCAGGCAGGGGCCUGGAAGGGCAGCUUUGAGUGUGGAGAGAGGGAAGCUGACAGGGCCAGAACACCUCCUGUCUCCCCACGCCCAUACGCCAGGCGAACUUUGUCACGUGUGUUCUUCUCCUGGGAAAUCCCAACAGUCGCUGGACCCCUCAAGAGGCAGUGGUCUAAUCUUCCCCUUGAACCCUCCAUCGAAGCCCUUUGUCCGUGAGAGUGAGCCUCUGGCCCAGCCGAGAGUCUCAUAAUUUCCUGCCCCCUGCCCAUUGUUCUAUGGCAUCUGGAACCCUGGAGAGAGGCUUCCCCAUUCCUGGGACCUCUCCUAGGCUGUGGCUAGGGCACAAUGGGUAGGGCUGAGCUUUUAUAACCCCUGGCUGCAGCAUGAACGAUUUUAUUGCUCUACCCUGCAGGCAAGGAGAGGGGAGAGCCCCUGUGGCAGUGGGGUGGAGGACUGGGGCCUGGAGCUGAGAGUAUUGUUGGGGGGUAGACGGCCCAGUUAGAGAAUCCAUUUGGAGCGGAUUGCCAGAGCUCCAUUUUAAUCCCUGCAGUGGUUCAAACCUCCACCCAGGUUUCCAAAGUCUGCUUUUCAUGUUAGCCUCUGCCCCAGAAGCUGGCAUUUCACACCCUCCCUGGCAUCUCCGAUUUCACCAGCAAGGGCAGGAAUCGGGGGUGGAAGGUGCAGAAAGGGAAGCAGCUCUUUGCAGUCUCCCCAGCUCCGGGUUGCUCACCUGGCCUGUGGCGGAGCAGAAUAGCCUUCACCCCUGCCCCAGGCCACUGUCUACACUGGCCAGAGCAGCUUUUAUAUGCAGAUCCUUCUGGGGUGCUCACCUCUCCUGUGGCUCACUUAGUUCCCAAGGCUUCCUCGUGCCCCACGGUCUUUGGCAGAUUUGCACAAGGUUCUAUCCAGAAGGAACGAUUUUUCCUGUUUCCAAGAAAUCUUGGGUAUUGUGUUUCUUUUGUGUACCAAACACAUUUGGGGUGCUUUGGCAAAAAUCCCAAGUCUACUUAGGAAUAGUGACCAUUGCCCUUUUCCCACCUCUGGGAGACAGUCCAGGCUGAAGUGAACAGACCUGGUUUAACCUGGUCAAGGUACUUGAUCUCCGCAGGCCUUCAUUUCUUCAUCUGUAAAAUGAGGGCGAUGAUGGUACCAAGCCAUGGCUUUCAAGAGAACUAAUCAGGUAAUACGUCUGAAAUACCCACUAGGCGUUUGUUGCUGUGCUAAGUGCUUGCGAAAUAGAAGGCCGCUAACUUUCCUAAUCGUUGCCCACAUAGUGGCUUCUCCCUGCUGAGCUUGGACUCAGAGAGGUUGAAGGAUGGACCCAGAGCCACACACAAAGUCAGCACUGACUCAAGGUGCUCAGGGUGCCUUGAGCCCCUCAUCAUAACCUUUUCCUUGAGGCACCAUGUAUUGGAGCUCUCCAGAGAAACAGAAACAAUAGGACAUAGAGCAAGAGAUAUAGAGAGAAAUUCAUGGCAAGAGAUUGGCUCACAUGAUUUUGGAGGCUCAGAAGUCCUGCGAUCUGCCAUUUGCCGGCUGGAGGCCCAGGGAAGCUGGCGGCUUGGUUCCAGUCUGAGUCUGAAGGCCUGAGAACCAGGUGCACCAGUGUCUGAGGGCAGAACGUGGACGUCCCAGCUCAGGCCGACAGCACGCUUGCCCUUCCUCUGCUUUCUGUUUUGUCCACACCCUCACCAGACGGGAUUAUGCCCCUCACACUGAGGAGGGCCAUCUUUUUUACUCGUUCUGCCAAUUGAAAUGUUCGUCUCUUCUGGAAACACCCUCACAGGUACACCCAGCAGUAAUGUUUUACCAGCCAUCUGGACAUCCAUUCAUGCAGUCAAGUUGACGCAUAAAAUUAACUGUCACACUCCUCAAUUGCUGGCCAGCCCCUCCGAGCCCAGAACCGUCGUUCCUGUCCUGCCAAAUACACAGGGCUGUGGGGAGUGCCCCUGGGCUGGACGCAUCCCAGCCCCAGGUCUGGCCCAUCCCAGCCGCACCCUCCAGCCCCCCUCUCUCUGUUCACCUCCUUCAAGAGGCAGGGUUCUAGCACCGUCUGGCUCUCCCCACAUGGCCACGCUGGACCCGUAGGCGGUGAGGCAUUAAGAGUAUUUUUUUUUUUUUAAAGAUUUUAUUUAUUUAUUUGAUAGAGAAUGAGAGACAGAGAGCACGAGAGGGAAGAGGGCAGAGGGAGAAGCAGACCCCCUGCUGAGCAGGGAGCCCGAUGUGGGACUCGAUCCGGGACUCCAGGAUCAUGACCUGAGCCGAAGGCAGUCGCUUAACCAACUGAGCCACCCAGGCGCCCCGAGGCAUUAAGAGUAUUGAGAGUAAUCGGCUCGCUGUAGGACACAUAGCCCGGAGCCCAGGCAAGGAUUAUAAACUCCGCAAGUAGCUUGGAGCUAUCAGUCGCCGUCAUGUGUCACUGCGCGCCCUGUCCCAAGGCUGCUGACCAUCAGGCAGACGGAGCUGAGUUUUCAAAAAGAAGUGCCAUGGCUCAGGGGCUCCCAAACUUUGAUGCCCAUUAGAAUCACCUGGAUUGCUCUGGAAACUCCCAAUGCCUGGGCUUCCCUCCACAGCAAUGAAAUCUGAUCUCUGAGGGCAACAGUAUUUUUAAAGAGGCCCCGGGGAUUCCAGUGGGCAGUGAGUUUGGGGACCACUGGCGUGGCUGCUCCAGGGAGGGGACUUGGAGGAGGGCCCAGGUUAGGCUGUUAAAUGAAGGUAGAGCCCACACUCACCUCUUUGCAACCUGUCAUUCUACGCACAAUAACCCUAAUGUGUUUGAAGCCGUGGAUCGGCGUUAGGCCUAAUUCCACAUGCCCUCAGUACACACACUGUAAUUCAUAAUACACACCCAACAGGCAAUAGUCUCCUUUAUAAUCCGGACCCUGUGUGUGUAAUUAUACCCGUAUGUGCAUACUCACUGGGCAUAUCUAACACCAGGCACAUCACCAGCCCCCAGGCUCUAAGCUGGCUUUUUGUCCAUCAACCCUCUUGGUCCCCCCCACCCCAAGCUCGUGUCCCUGUCCAAGUUCUCUUUCCCCUUUACCCCGAGUCUGAAUAUCCAAAAGCUGGAGGAGGGGAUGAGUCAUGUUCCAGGCGUUGUGGUUUGGUGCUGACCGGAUGGCUAGGGUGGGGCUGAAAGAUAGGGGAAAGUCAUGUGCAACUGUUUCAGGGUGGUGGGUACAAUGGGGGGUGGUGGGAGGAAGGAACCACAGACUCCAGAAGUGCGGCGGGAGGGAUCCUGAGGGGCUGUGAGCUGGAGCCAAGAUAAGGGGAGCCAUAUGGUGGUGUGGGUCAGCCCAAGGUCACUCUGAAGGACCCAGAAGGAGUGGAAACGUGAGCCCUCCAUGCCCUGGCCUGAGCACCAGUGGGUGAGUGGGAGUCAGAGGAAGGAACAGUCGAGAAAGCGCCAGAGUCCCUGCCUUGGGGGCUCCUCGUUGGGGUGGGGGAGCAGCGUGGGAAGCCGUCUGGAAGAUGUGGAAUGUGCAAAUGACCUCGCCGGGUGCCGGAGGCUGUUUAUUAUAACAGGAUUGUCACAUCACACAGAGGUCAGACAGGAGAAGCUUUUAGACACCAGUCUCCCCCUCCCCUGUCUCUGUGAGGUCCCUGAAAUGUAGCAGUUUGGAACACAGGCGUGUGAUGGAUGGGUUGUCUUCUUGGGGAACAGAGGGCAACAGAGAUGUUUUCAGGAGAGGCCCAGACAUUUCUGGAGUCCAGAGCAUUUCCUCAUAGGAGUUUAUGAGAAGUCACCAGAUGGAAAGACCUGGAUCAUGUCCGUGGGGCCCUUGGAUCUAACAGCAGUCCUUCUGCCAUGUCUGAGGAAUUCCUCCAUGGAUCAGGGAUCACUGGGCCUGCCUGAAGAUGCAGAUGUGCUCCCUGGAGUUUGGCAAGCAUCUCCCACCCUUCAAUGCCAAUGUCCAGGGGGAGUCCUAGCCAAAGAUCCUGGAUCAGGCAAUGAAGACUGCCCCUUGGACCAAGAGAGGAGUGGCUACUAGAAGUAAGAUGGGGAGAGGCAGACUGGGGUUCUUCCCUACCAGGCUGCCCACGCUACAGAGAAGCAGGGGCGGUAAUGGUUGUAGAAAAACUCAGGACAGACUCCUGUUCCCAGGAAGACAGGGUGCAGCCUUGUGAUGGGAAAUGCACAUCCCCGGAUCUCAUGCACUGAGAGGUCACUCAAGUCACAUGCUGUUGGUUGCUUUGAUGCACAGCCUCAUCCAAUUCUCCCCGCUGCAUCGCGAGGCAGGUGUUGCCCCCGUUUUGCAGAUAUGCAAACUGAGGCUCAGAGCUACAAAGUAACUCUGACAAGAUCAAGUAGCUAAUGAUCCAGGAUUCGGAUCCAGGUAUCCUUCCACUGUAUCAUGAUUGUGUGGGCCGUACCAUAAGAAGGCUCCUUCCAGAAGACUGAAGAAACCGGAAUAGAGGAGAGGAAAGGCAAGGAGUUUGACAGAAAACCUUAAUGCAGAAUCCUCUGUAUAGACUUGGGCUGGACCCCUUCCCCCCGAGCCCAUAACCCCCAGUGGAUCCACGCGCCUGGACAGGCCGCUCACCCUCUCUGUGCCCCAGGCUCAGACGCGGCACAGGCAGGAUGGAGACAAUAGCAUGAUGCUCACAGGCUGGUGAGCGGUGAAUUCUAAGAGGCUGUCGCCAAGCGGAGGCCAGCGGAGGAUGUGAAGAUCUUCCGAGCCUUGAUCCUGGGGGAACUGGAGAAGGGGCAGAGUCAGUUCCAGGGGCUCUGCUUUGUCACCCGGCUGCACCACAAUGAGAUCAUCCCCAGUGAGGCCAUGGCCAAGCUUCGACAGAAGAACCCUCGGGCGGUGAGGCAGGCGGAGGAGGUGCGGGGCCCAGAGCACUUGCACAUGGACAUCGCCGUCAACUUCAGCCAGGGGGGCCUGCUGAGUCCCCAUCUCCGCAAUGUAUGUGCUGAGGCCGCUGACAGCAUCUACACCCGCCAGGAGGACGUCCGGUUCUGGCUGGAGCAAGAUAUCAAGAUGAGUGGGGAUGUAGCAGAUUCCACGGAUACUCACAGUGCCCUCAGCCAGGUGGAGACAGGAAAUGAUCGAAAUGGCCUAGAUUUCAACAGGCAGAUUAAAACUGAGGACCUCAGUGACUCCCUGCAGCAGACCCUCUCGCAGCGGCCAUGCCACCUGAGUCAAGGACCCGCCAUGAUGCCUGGAAACCAAAUGUCCGGGGACAUGACCUCCCUCCAUCCGCUCCAGCAGCUCGUGCUGGUUCCUGGCCACCUACAGUCUGUAUCCCAGUUCCUGCUAUCUCAGACCCAAACUGGGCAGCAAGGUCUGCAGCCAAAUCUUCUCCCCUUUCCACAGCAACAAAGCUCUCUCCUCCUCCCACAGACUGGGCCCGGCCUGGCAUCCCAGGCAAUUGGGCGCCCCGGGCUGCCAGGAUCUUCUUUAGAACCUCAUCUGGAAGCGUCCCCGCAUCUCCCAGUGCCCAAGCAUCUACCCAGCUCUGGAGGGGCUGAUGAGCCCAGUGACCUGGAAGAGCUGGAAAAGUUUGCCAAGACCUUCAAGCAGAGGCGCAUUAAGCUGGGCUUCACACAGGGAGAUGUGGGGCUGGCGAUGGGAAAGCUUUAUGGCAAUGACUUCAGCCAGACCACCAUCUCGCGAUUUGAGGCCCUCAAUCUGAGUUUCAAGAACAUGUGCAAGCUCAAGCCGCUGCUGGAGAAGUGGUUGCAUGAUGCAGAAACCUCUCCAUCAGACCCCUUGAUGAACACCCCCAGCUCUUUCCCCACCCUCAAUGAAGUGUUCGGUAGGAAGAGGAAGAAACGGACCAGCAUCGAGACCAAUAUCCGCCUGACUCUGGAGAAGAGAUUUCAAGAUAACCCCAAACCCAGCUCCGAGGAGAUCUCCAUGAUUGCAGAGCAGCUGUCCAUGGAGAAGGAGGUGGUAAGAGUCUGGUUCUGCAACCGACGUCAGAAGGAGAAGCGAAUCAACUGCCCUGUGACCACACCCAUGAAAUCACCCGUCUACAACUCCCGCCUGGUCUCUCCCUCUGGGUCUCUGGGCCCCCUCUCUGUCCCUCCUGUCCACAGCACCAUGCCUGGAACAGUAACGUCAUCCUGUUCCCCUGGGAACAACAGCAGGUCUUCAUCUCCCGGCUCAGGACUCCAGGCCAACAGCCCCACUGCAUCUCAAAAUAACUCCAAAGUGGCAGUGAGCUCCUCCAGUUUUAACUCUUCGGGAUCUUGGUACAGAUGGAAUCAUCCCACCUACCUCCACUGAGGCCAAAAAGUUUCUCUGAAUCCACCUGGCCCUGCAUGUCCCCCUGGGAGGAAGGGAAUUACGCCCUCUCUGUAUGGACAGAUUACUGUCAGAAGAGUGGAAGAGAAUCCCCACUGUCAACCCAAACUCUUGCUUCUUCAAGAGUGAGGGCCUCCAGAGAUCCAAACUGUGACUAAACCAUGCACUGGCUCCUAGUGCCCUUGAAUCACAUCCCCGCCCCCCCCACCAGGUGUUCACCAUUUUCACCUUCUUUCCCUGUCCUCCAAUCCUUGUUCCAAAUACUUCCCAUGGCUUCCCUAUGGCAGUAGUCUUUCUGAGAAAGGACACCUUGCCGUUAUUUUCCAACUCAUCUGUGGGCUUCUGGGGACAGCAGUUUGCCUGGUGUGCCAAACAGCCAGAAGGAGAGAUCAUGGUUUUGACUCCAAACUUGGCCACAAUCUCUGAACCGAUCUCUAAAAUCUGUGAAAAGAUUGGAAUCUGAUGUCUCCACCAAAGCCUGGAUGCUCUCUCUGUUGAGCAAACUUUUCUGACUGACUCUUCAUUUCACCCCAUGUUCUCUGUAGCCCCGCCCCCUUUUCUAGAACCAAAUCCACUCAUGAUGGCCUUCUCCAGGAUCCCUCCUCUUUACAGAAGGCUGAGCCACCCUCAGUCCCAUGGGCACAAUUCUCUGCCCACAGGUGCUCUUCUGUGUUCUACACCUGCCCCAGAGUUCAGGAGUGUUUAUUCCUUCUCUCCUUCCUUGUCCUUAUCUGGUCCUCUCUCCCUUCCCCUGCCUGCAGGAGGAAGAACAGAAAAGCAAACACAUAACAAUUAUGUUGGCAAAAUACCUGUAUAUAGCCCCUUCUUGUUUUUGCAGCUACGUUCUCUCCUGAAUGUGGAAUUUUCCAGCAAAAUGUUUAACUCAGGUGUGAAUUUUGAAGAUAUCUCUGUAAUAUUUUAUCUCCUUUUUAAAAAAAGAAAAAGAAAGGAAAAAAAAUGCCAAAGUGUGAAAUACUGUGCUACCUUCCACAAGAGAGUUCCCACAUGGGCUGGGAAUAUUUGUUGACUUCUCGGGAACAUUAUCUCUAGUCUCCUUCUUUGUGGGCCAGUGUGUAGAGAUGUAACAUGAAGCCAUUCCAGAAAUGGUAAACUUAAAAAAAAAAAAAAAAAGACUGUAUAU